AUGACGGUCAGCAAUUGGCCAUAUAGGACAAAAGCGGGAAAAAAACUGGAAAACUCUAAGAUUUCCGCUACAUUAGUCAAGAAAAACUCUGUAGGUGAACCAGGAGCAGCAAUACUUACUUCAGAAAGACUGGACACACAGGAGAUUACAAUUAAUUUAACAUCACAAAGAAAAGAGAAGCACAUAGAAAAGGAAGACGAAAAGAAAUAUGAAAAAAGGGUCACAAAGAAGUCCAAGAAUCAGAAAAAUGCAAAACCAAGCAAAAAGAAAGAUAAGGGGAAAAAAUCUACAACUGAGAAGAAGGUUGACUUUCCAGAGCAACUUGUAAAAUCCCACCAAGCAGCAUAUGGAUAUCUUAAUCCUAGUAUUGACAAAUAUGAACUGCUUUUGGGCUUAUUAGAUCAUGCAACACAGACUCAUAUUACUUUGCAACCCAUGGUGGCAUUCAUGGCUUUGCAGUAUGAAGAGUUCAACCAAGGACUAGAGGAAAUUGUUAAAAAAGGGGAGCAGCUUUUAAAAGACAAUGGGGGACAUUUGGCUUGGCCGUAUUCCGGCAAAUCCAGUAGCACUGAACCCCAACCUGACUUACUUCAACAACUACUUCAGUAUACUGUCCAGAGAAUGCAUCUUGUUGGACAAUCUGUGAAAAGAAUUGGUGACACAGCUCUUGAAGAUGCAGUGGAUUAUUUUUCAUCUAUUUGUGAGGUCCUAGAAGAAAAACUGAAUGCCAAGCAUGCAGUUGAGGCUAGGCUAAUGAAGCUGCUAAAUAGAAUUGAAGUGGCCUCGCAACAAAGAACUGGACCAGAGGACUCAGCAUUGUUUAGUGAAGACAGUGGCAUUGGUGUAGAAAGUGCGUCACUGGCCGGAUCAGACACAAAGCACCACCGCAGGGAAAGCUGUGAAUCAACGGAAUCAAGUCGCACAGUUAUUUACAGUCCUGCAAACUCUACCCCUAUUCACCAAAGCUCUAAACGUCAUCAAAGUCCAAAAAUUAGCAGCAGCAGCUCUUUAACCUCUUUCGACUCCACGUGUACCUUAAAAAAUAUGGUUUUCAGAGAUACAGAAUCUUUUCUUGAUUCUUCUUCCUUGGAUGAUGGUGAGGUUGAAAAUGAGGAUAACAGUGAGUGCAAUGAGGAAGAACAUUGUGGGGUUAAAAUGAGGAUGCGUUCAAGCUCUUCUCCACUUGACCCUAGCUAUCAAACACAAUGCAUGCUUCCGAAGCGAAUAGAAAACCCACACAAUGUAGAAAUGACAAUAAAAAUGAAGGAUGCCAUUAGUGAACGAAUUAGUUUCAUUUCUUCUCAGCAUGCUGGAAAAAAUAUUAAACCUAAGCCCUCAAAGGCAAAUGACCGGCGGUGGAUGGAGGAGGGGGAAACACAUCCCAGAAGACCACAGACAGCAACCCAAACAGCGAAGAAAAAAACAAUAGUUACUAAACAGCGCCGCUCAAGAUCAGCAGAGUCUCUUCGUAGUAAAGCAGAUGACCCCACUCUUCUUGAACUGGAAAGAGCACAAAAAGAGAUAAGUAAAAGGUUGGAAAAAAUGGGAAAGCUCAAAAUUGAAACUAAAGUAAAAAAAGAGAGUUCAAAGCAAUGGAAGCAAACACAGUUUGGUCACCUACAUCCAGUAAAUUUAAUUCCUUCAAAUAGUCAGCAAAAGGCACUCAGUGAAAAGAUAAUUACAGUAAAUCCAGAGGAGGAAAAGGAAAAAAUUUAUAAAACUGUUAAAGGGCCCAUAAAGGCAACAUCUGUUCUAAGUCCACUUCCAGCAACCCAAGAAUUAGCAAUGUGUUCCAGAGGAAAUUCAGUCAAGAAACUGAUUGACACGUUUAGCCAAGGAAUGGAGGAAAGUAAACUGUUUCAUGAAAGUUCAAAAGAGCAUGGACCUCUUAAAGGGGUUAGGAAGUAUGGGAUACCUGUCAUGCCAGGAUUAACAAGUGAAGAUACACCAUCAUGUAUUAAAAAUAGCAUAAACAAUCAAAAAGAAUCUACAACCUUGGAAAACCAAGAUUAUAUUAAUUUGGACAACCUACCACCACCUCCUCUAGAAGUACUUAUGGAUAAUUCUUUUGAAAAUGUUGAAAUUAGAAAACCAGAUGAAAAAUUUAACAGAAGAGGACGGUCUACCUUUCCAAAGACAACCAGCAUGUCUCAAAGGCUCCGUACCUCCAUGCAAUCUGUUACUGUACUACCUAGCAAGGGAAGUGUGAGAAAAAGUUCUCGCAGCAUAUCGCCUGCACAAAAUAUUACCCUACACCCCAGUGGGGUGUCUAGGAACAGCCAAGUUGCUUCCACACCUAAUGCAGAUUUGAGGAAUGAAGAGGCUGUCUCACUUUACAAACAGGCUAGAAAAAUUAUCCACUUGCGGUAUUCGUCUAAUUCUCCCACAGAGAAACCUGCUGUUGACAAUGUAAACAUUCAACAGGUCACUCAACACAGUAUCGAAGGAAACCGACAGGUCAAAAAGAGUCCUGAAAGAGCGCCUUCCAGUUUAGUUGGAAAUCAUUCACCUGACACUUCAGGUGUAUCCAAGACCCGCAUGUUACCCUUUACACCUGUGGUCCAUAGGAGGCUACCCAGUCCUCCUGUAUUUAAAAAACAAACAAUACCUUCCAGCUCAUCCAGUCCAUUAAUAUUACGCAAACUUCCAACCCCCCCACCAUCCAGCCAGAAACAGACACUACCUACUUCCAAUAAUAAUCAAGACAAAAAUACCCUGCCAAGCUGCAUUUCUGGAGUUACCUACCCUUUUAAGGCACCAUCUCCCCCUGCCUCACCAAAAGUGCAGCGAAGGUCUAGAGAGAACAACAGUGAGGAAUCUUCUUCAAGAGUAUUUAGCAAUGCUCGCUCAGUUUUUUGUCCAAUUUCACCAUCCUUGUUUGAGGCACAACCAUUUCUUGUACCUAAACCCCCACAAGCAUGGACGCCCUCUGGAAGUAGCAUACUACCUCGCCCCUGGGGUGAGCGUGGUAGGCUGCUUAUGUCUGUCCGUGGACCACACUCUUUCAUUCGGCGUAGUCAGUCUGACAGGAGACCUAGUCUCAGUCAUCCACCUAGAGCAUCAGUAGUAUCUAUUGCACAGUCCUGCGGAAGCGAACCAUCUAUCAGUACCCAAGGGCUGGAAGAUGGUCCACUCAGAGAUAGAUGGAACAAGCCGCUUGAGCUCAGAGAAGCAAAUCGCUCCUCCUCGCACCCAGACCUGUGCAUUGUUGGUCAGGCCUUACACUGUGAAUGACAGAUUUGAGGACGGGCCAAGAAGGAUUAUGGAUUAGCAAAUGUAAAACAUAAAUUGGAUUAAGACGGUUUUCCCCUGGGAUGAAGAGCCAUAUUACUCAGAAACCUUAUUUACUUUGUGUGGCUGCCUUUAUUAUUAUAUAUAUAUAUAUAUAUAUAUAUAUAUAUAUAUAUAUAUAUAUAUAUAUAUAUAUAAUAUAAUAUAAUAUAAUAUAAUCAAAUUAGGAAAUCAUGUAUAAUCUAUAUUUUCUUACUUAAAUCUUGACUUUUUUCGAUGACUACAUGACAGCCGAACCAGAAAAAAAAAAACCAAGUGAGUACAGAGAAUAGAUUUGGCGUAGAAUUGCAACCACAAGAUAACAGGUAAAAGAGAGAGUAGCCUGAGAAGCAACGUGUGGCUUUUCUCCAUAUUAAACUGUGUCAGUAUUAAUGAUUAGGUAUACCAUAAUACUCUGAAUAUCCAUGUGCCUUUAAGCUUUUUUUUUUUUUAAUUUGUCAGCUGUUUAACCCUUAAAUACAAUAGUAGUAAUAUAGCAAUAGGCAAACCAGCAUUUAUUCAACAAAAUUAUUGCAAUCAGGCAUUAUAUUAUAUUACAUAGUAUGUGUAAUUUUUUAUAUAUACAAUAUUUAAAUACAAUUUUAUUUUAUGAUUUCAUAUACAAUAUGCUUGCCAGAUUUAAUGCACUUCAUCUGUACCUGCACACUGAAACUCUAUCACUAGGGUGUAGCUCACAAAUCCUGAGUUUAGAACAAGGUGUAAAUUGUUCCUUUUUUAUUCAUUUAAGGUCAACCAGGUGUUUUUUUGCUGUUUUUUCCAGUGACGUGUUUCUUUUUAUUUUAUUUAUUUUUUACACAGCUGUCUUUUUUUGUUUGUUAGUAAACUGAAGAAAGUGAACUGAAGACCUGUUUGAAUAACCAUUGUAAUAUUGCACAACAUUAUGUUCUAUAAUGUUUACAACUUAAAAUUCAAAUAAAAUUCUUGUAUAUGCCCGAA